AUGGCACGUGGAAAUACAAGCAAAGUCAAGAAAGUCCGUCCCCAGCUCACAACGUGUCAGAAGGCUGCGUGUCGUGCGAAGUUCAUUGCACUCACUGAUGAUGUGAACAGUGCUCGCACAACCUACAUGGACCAGGUUCAAGUCCUUGCCAAGAAACAUGGACACUCCGAGCAUUGGACGCGAUGUCAACUUUACCUUGGGGGUCAGACGGUUCGGCGUUCUCAGCGUCCAAAUGCGUGGAAUGCAUUUGUUCACCAACGACUGGAUGACAUAAACGAAGGCCUAUCAAAGGGUAACCGUUGGAAACUCACAGAGUUUAUUGAGUCUCAUAAAGAAACUCUUUGCAACGACUAUGCAAGACUCUCACGCGCUCAAAGGAAUAAUUACAAAGUCGAGAUUAUCAAGAUGCGUGCCGACAAGCAGUGCAUGGUCCACGACAACCCAAGAGUGGUCCAGCGCGACAUGCAGGCUACUUUUGCUGCUAUGGACCAAGAGCUAUUUGCUCCCACCUCGGUGUUGAAGGCUUUUAUGUGGCUGUCUGUGGUGGAAUUGAGGACCUUAGUGGUCCCAAACUUUUUUUCAGAGAAGGCCGAGAAGUUUGUGCGAGCCGUUCUGGAUCUUGAGCCUCGGCGCCUGGCAUUAAAACUGGAAGCAUUUGCUGUCUCUGGCCUUGCUGAAGACAUACCGACUAUAUCAAGGGAGAAAAAAUCUCUCAACCAGCUGGUCAGUGAAUGUCGGACGCUCAUACAAGAUGAACUUGUCCAGAAUCCCUCUAGUAUUGGCGGAUGCAAGUCAGUGCAAUUAUUGAUCAACAGACUCAUCGAAGAGACCUGUAAAUGGACGAAGCUAACUGAGGAAGAGCUUGCAGACAGGAUUACCAGCAAUCAUGCUCGGCAAGCAGCUGGGGAGACCGUCUACAAACCACGGAAGAUGCGCACCAAAAAGACAGUAGAAAAGAGUGCUGCCAUUGUUGAGAGUAGCAGUGAGAGUGACGAGAACGAAGGGGAUGAUGGGGACAAUGAGUAA